AUGACCCAAGACAAGAAUCAAUCAAGGCAGCGCACUACUGAAAAGACUGCAAAGUCUUCAAUUAAAAAGACUCCACAGACAAUUGUAUCAGACCCUCGUUUCUCUCGUAUUCAUAACGAUCCACGUUUUAUUAAACCAAAAAAGGAUGCUUCAAAAAUCACCAUCGAUAGCCGUUUUUCUGGGAUGCUUUCCAGUAAAGACUUUGGCUCUUCUGGAAAAGAACCAAAAAUUGACAAGUAUGGUCGUAAAAAAACCACGACACAUAGCAAAGAGCUACAGCAAUUUUAUAAACUGGAUGAUGCAGAUCAAGACGAUGCAUCUUUAUUAUCUGAAAGCACAGUAGGAAGCAAGGAUGCUAUUCAAGGAUAUGAUUUGGCUCGUGGAGAGGGACUCGCAGAUUCAUCCUCUGACGAAGAUGACAGCGAUGGUCCGUCUGUAAUGAGACGAAACCAUCCUAGCAACAAAAACUUUGAUGCGGAAGAGGCUAUCGACAUUGGGCCAUACGCUGAAGAAAAUAUUCCAAUUGGAGAUGAAACGCGCCGGUUCGCCGUUGUAAAUAUGGAUUGGGACCAUGUAAAAGCCAAGGAUCUUUUCAAAGUAUUUGAUGCCUUUAAACCAAAAGCCGGAACACUCUGCUCAGUCAAGAUUUAUCCAUCCGAGUUUGGAAAAAAGCAUAUGGAAGAUGAACUGUUGCAUGGCCCACCAGCAGAUAUUUUCCGUGAUGCCGAUCAGUCAAUAGAUGAACCACUUGUUCAGGCUGACGAUGGAACCGAAUUCAACACUGAUCGUCUUCGCAAGUAUCAGAUGGAGCGUUUACGAUACUACUAUGCAGUGGUUGAAUGUGACUCGGUUUCUACAGCACGUACUAUUUUUGAAACAUGCGAUGGUACCGAAUUUGAAUCAUCUGCCAACUUUUUUGAUCUUCGCUAUGUACCAGAUAGCAUGUCAUUUGACGAUGCACCUACUGAUGUUGCAAGUGAUGUGCCAGUGUCGUAUCAACCUGCAGAAUUCGUCACACAGGCACUUCAACACUCUAGCGUUAAACUCACAUGGGAUGCUGAAGAUAAUGAGCGCAUUCGAGUUACACGACGUAAAUUUACAAAAGAAGAUCUCAAAGAUAUGGAUUUUAAGGCAUAUAUCGCAUCCUCUUCCGAUGAAGAGGACAAUCUUGGCGAAGGCAAGGAUGCAGAUGCACUACGUGCAAAAUAUCAUGCUCUGCUUCAAGGCGAUUCUGAUAAUGAUGCAUUUGGACGAAAAGAUGAAGAAGACAAGGAAAUGGAAAUCACUUUUGCACCUGGUCUUAGUGAAAAGGCUGCUAAUCAACUUGAACGCAAAAAAGAAAUAGCUAAUGAGACUGUGUUUGAGUCUUAUCUUCGAAAGCGCAAGGAGAAGCGCAAGGCUAGAAAGAAUGCUGACGCAACUAAAACCAAGAAAAAUGGCUCACUCAAUACAAACAAACAUGGCGAGUCCGAAGACAAGAAGAAUCGCAAAAAGCUUGCAGCAGAAAAGGAAAAGUCGCGAGCUGAACUGGAACUGCUGCUUUUGGAUGAAAACCAACUUCAAUCUCGUCAUUUUGACAUGAAAGCAGUACUAAAGGAUGAUAAGCAAAGCAAAAACAAAAAGUAUAACAAGAAGAAGCUAGCUAAAAAGGAUUAUGGCGAAAUACAGCAAGAUUUUGAAAUAGACGUGGCAGAUCCUCGUUUUGCUGCAGUAGUUGAAAGCCACCAGUUUGCAAUUGAUCCCACAAAUCCUCAAUUUAAAAAGACCAAAGGAAUGGAAAAGAUGUUGCUUGAGCGUCGUAAAGUGCUAGAGAACUCUGAAAACUCAAAGACUGCAAAUCAAUCGACAAGUAGAAAAGUUGAUGUAUGGAAAAUCUUGAAUUGCUAUUUUGACUAA